AUGACGGCCACCGAGGACGAAUACCAGGCCAUUCGGGCUGCUGAGUCGUCUAUUCCUGAAGAGCCAACCAAGGUCCUCUCCAACAACAGUGGUAGCAGCAGUGACGAAGAAUCCCCUUCCUCCACAGUUGCCGCCCUUUCCAAGACCACCGAUGCGAUUCUCAAGAAGGCUCAGGCCAGUCCGAUUCUUGAAGUCGAUUUUACCAGUACUGGCAGGUCCAGGAUUCCUCUCAGAUCUCGUGCUCGAAGAGCAUCUACCCACCAAGUAGAUAUGGCUAGAGCCAUUCAUAAUCUGCUAGGGGACUCCUCUGCCACCAAUCUUAUCAAGGCUGAAUGCUGCGGUGGAGGCUGCUGUCGUAUUAAUGGUGGCGAUGGCUCCUCUGCUCCUCCUUCGCCUUCACUCGACCCACUCGUCCUUCCGAACAACCCCGCCUUCCGAUCGCUCAACCUGCAAUUGACCCCACUUAACAUGAAGACAAAUCUUCGCGGAAUUUUCGUACUUCCUCCCAAUAUCAUCACCUUGGAACCUCUCUCCGAAGAUGUCGAGUACAAAUCCACCGUUAAGACGCAUCCUCCGAAAUUCGUGACCCCACAUCCGCCAUAUGAAGUAUUUCCUAGCAAAAUCCACCAUACUAGAUGUUUAACGUCGCCUGGGGCUGAAAAGCGAACGUACCACUUCGACCUCGAUGUUACCGACUACCCCGAGGAAGGAGCCGGCGUCGACUUUGUUGUCGGCGGCGCCAUUGGUGUCUGUGCUCCAAAUGAUGAAGAGCUUGUCGACCAGCUUUUUGAUAUCCUUGAAGUUCCUAUUCUGAUGCGUGACGAAGUCAUCAACGUACACACCAAGAGUGGUAGAUGGCCGACAAUCUGGGGUGAGGAUGAAAGUCGUCUCUUGACGACUACUAGGAGAGAGUUGUUGACAUGGACCGUCGACGUCCAGAGCUAUCCGCCCAAGAAGAACCUCCUUCGAGUUCUGGCUGAGUAUGCUCAGGACGAAUACGAAAAGAAGAUCCUGAUGUACCUUUGUUCUAGACAGGGCCAGGCUGCUUUCUGCGAACUGCGCACUGGUCCAUAUGUCACACUUUACCAGCUUCUUAGUGCUUUCCCAUCCUCGAAGCCACCAUUGGGCCAUCUUAUGACGGUCUUGCAGCCACUUAUGCCUCGGUUCUACUCUCUCUCAAGCGAUCCACACACUACUAAAUAUGCAAAUCGACGUGUUGUUGAAAUUGCUGUGUCUGUCCAUGAGGCCGACGAUUGGCAAGGUGGACAGCGUACUGGUGUUGGAUCCGGUUUCUUCGAACGUAUGGCCUUGAAGUACAUCCAAAGCGGUGGCUCGGCUACCAUCCACGUCCCCAUGUUCAGGGGACUGAUGCAAAAUCCUCUUGCCCGCGAAUUCCAGCCUGAUGGUCCAAUGAUUCUGAUUGGUGCUGGUGUGGGUAUUGCUCCGUUCCGUGGGUUCGUGCAGAGGAGGUUGCAAAGUGCGAACUGUGCGAAUAAAGUUUGGGUUAUCCAAGGUAUUAGAGACUCAUUAUUGGAUGAGCUUUACGCUGGCGAAUGGGGUGCCGAUGAGCAGAAGGUGAAGACUGUAGUUCAAUCUAGAGUCGGCACUGGCCGUUAUGUCCAGGAGGAAGUUCGCAACCAAGCAGAUCUUGUUUGGUUUGUAAUUAACUCCCUCGAUGGCCGUGUCUUUGUUUGCGGCAGCUCCAAGGGUAUGGGUGAAGGGGUUGAAGAAGCAUUAAUUGAUGUUGCUAUGAAGAAGGGGAAGAUCCGAAGAGAAGAAGCAAAGAAUUUCUGGAAAAAUAAGGAAAAGAGCUUCCAAUAUAUUACUGAAACAUGGUAA